CGUCUAUGCUCGCCUUCCCGGCACCCGGAGAGGGAGAAUAAGCGGAAGAGAGGCCGACUUGUGUUGUCAGCCAGUUCCUGCUUUUCUGUGAGGGGGGGGGGAAGCUGUUGAUUUGUUUUUUUUGUUGUUGUUGUUGCCAUGCGUGCGUCCGGGGGGUGAGCGCUGGUGGGUGUGUGUGCGUGCGUGCGUGUAUUCACGCAUGUUUGCGGAUGGCGAUUCGAGCGCGUGCGCGCGCACACACAAGCUGGCUCCCUUAUUCUGCAUGCGCGCGUGUGUGCGCCAGCGGCGAGGCCUUCGUCGCCCUCAUCCUCGGCCUCUGUCGCACUUCUUUUUUCUUUCCGAGGGCGGGCGGUGAAACUUUUGGAUUCGUCCGAGUGUGUCGCGUCUCGGCCCUGGGGAUUGACAGUCACAGCGUCCAAAUCGAUACGGCGCAGGCCUGCCCUCUGGACCACAGUCCAGGUCUACACACUCCUUCGGAACCUGUCGGAAAGCGGCUCGGCGAGACUGUCGGAAGGAUGGCGGGUGGACCGCUGCUGCUAACUUUGAGCAUCACGGCGCUGGCGUGGGGAGUCCAGGGGAAGAAACAAAUAUCAGGCAGCACCACUGUUUACCUGGGUCAGCAUCGAGACGUGUGGAGGCCGAUGAUCCACAUCGCAGUCAACCUCACCAAGAUAAGAGACAUCAAGUCGUCCUUUCAGCUCAGGACGUACGACCCGGAGGGGACCAUCUUCUACGGGGAUACCAAAAACGGCAGGGACUGGUUCAUUUUGUCCCUGAAGGACGGCAUCCCGCUCAUGCAGAUCAGCCGCAGCGGGGUCCUCGUCAACGUGGCGGGCGGGCCCAAGCUCAACGACGGGCGGUGGCACACGCUGGAGCUGAGCAACCGUGGCCAUUUUGUGAUCCUUGAGGUGGACGGCUCCCGAGGGCUGGUCGUGGGCCUGCGGUCUGAUACCAUAGAGGAGGUCCUUUCAGGGUCCCUCAGACUGGCACUUGGCGGGAUCCUGAUUCCGAGGGAGAGGCUGUUUGUUCAGCUUGAGCCGCAGAUGGACGCCUGCGUGCGGGAAGGCAGCUGGCUGAACCUCAGCAUCCCCUGGGAGACGGACGCCGACGAGCUCCGGCCGUGCUAUCAAAACAUCCGACCCGGCAGCUUCUUCGCCGGGAACGGCUUGGCCAUUGUCAACGCUUCAGUUUUGCAGACAGAGCAUGAGCGCGGCGUGACGAUCGAAUUGUGGGGAGAUUUCGCUAAGAUGGACGGGACCAUCUUAAGCAUCAGGACGCCCGGGCAGGCGCUCACAUUCGCUUUAGUCACCGAUAACAACACAAAGCAGGAAGUAACACUCUCUUUUGGCCGUCAUAAACUGAGUCUGAAAGACAACUUCAAGAGGUUGGAGAUGACCUUCGGGACCGAUUCACUGGAAGUGCGACACGGUGGACAUGAGUCAAAGGUCCCGUGGGAUUUCCUCAGCCCGCUUAAGAAAUCCGGGCUUUUGAGCACAUUGAGAGAAAGCCACGUGGCCAUCGGCGGCCUCCUCGGCGAAGACGACGUCGGCUCCCGCUUCUUGAGAGGCUGCCUGGAGAAGGUCCAGAUCCAAGGAAAGGAUGUGGACCUGGAUCAGGCUGCAAAACACUGGUCCAUCUCCUCUCACAGCUGCCCCGUGUGAAUCACGAGCAUCGGGACUUAAUUGUAGAAAUACUAUUUUGUAAUCAAGGCUUUCGAAAGUGACAUAUUCCGGGCUAAAAAAUGACAUAUAGCUGGGCUAAAAAAUGUCAGUUUGGCACUUUAGACCCUGUUUUAAUAUGAAAAAAGUGAAUUAUUGAACAAUUUUCUGUAUUUUGUUCAUUUGUCCUGCCAAUGGACUACGAAUGUAAUUUAGCUGCAUGCUAAUUUUGGCACAUUUGCACAAGCAUUGUACUGAUGUUCAUUACGACGCAUUGUCUCUUUUAGAUGAAUAAAAUUGAAACUGACCAAUUACAAAAGUAAUUCCUAGCCACUGUCUGCCGUGAGAUCAUCAGCUGUGUUAACGAGAAAUGAACCAAUUCCACUGAAUUGGUGCGAAAAUUAUAUAUAUAUAUAUAUAUAUAUAUAUAUAUUUUAUGAGUAAUUAUCCAUCUACGGUAAUGACGUAUAGUGACGGGCGGAAGAAUUACUGUGAAUGUAAAAUUAACCUGUUGGUAAACAGAUUAAAUCAUCAUUAUAUCAACACAAAUACUUUUGGUGAGUUUUAGUACCCUUGGCUCAAUAAAUGCUGUGAAACACAGCGUUUCUGCUCCCUCUAGUGGAUUUCUAAAAAUGAUGUUCAGGUGACGUCAGGCCUUCUGCAGCAAUGAUAGCGUACAUCUUUAAUAAUUCCUUGUAGGGUAAUAUACGAUGAAUUAUUUUGCCUUUUUUUAAAUUAUUAUUAUUCUUGAUGGAUUUCAAAUCAAACUUGCAUCCUCAAGAAAAAUCAUGGAUAUUGAUGAUUAUGGGGUGGGGAAACAUUUAAAUGUAUGUUAUACAUUUAAAUUACAAUAAUUUAUUAACUUCAGAUGAUCAA